UACGAUCGAUUGACAGCGAAGUUGCGGAAAUUGUGGAAGUUAUUGGGUGCACGGAUAACCGUGUGGGUUCACUCUCCUCGCGAACAGAGAGGAGAAAAUAGGAAUCGGCCAUGUGAAACAAAGAAGAAUCCAGAUUUAUCAGAGGAGCAUUUGAACAACAUGUCUUCUACCUCUUCCUUGCCUGACCUUGACCUUGAAGAAAGGUCAAGGGCAGAGUCACCAUCUGAUACAUGUGCCGAGGACAUGCGGCAUGAGAAAUUUGACCCCUGUCAGUUACUGGAGAGGUCGCAGUCAGAUGCAUCACUGACCAAGACUAAAUCGCAAACAUCAAAACGCAUGAUGUCCUACACAAAGACUCAGAAAACGUCUAAUUCAGCUGAACAGCUAGAAAAAUUAGAAACGACAAAUAAAGUUUCAGAAAGUUCAAGGGUAUAUUUUGAUCUGUCACAAAUAGACACAAUGAUUGAAAAUGAAACUAGUUCUUCUUCAUCCUUCACACAUACAGAUUCCAGGUCCAAGUUAAUCUUGGGUCAGUCACUGGAAACGAUUCCACAGGGAGAGGAGCUAUCACUCAGUCACUCUACCUCUCAUUGUUUGUACUCUGCCUCUAAUGAAACUGAAUCUGAAGCCAGUGAACUGGACAGCGAGGACUAUGAGGACUUGUCCAGCUUUUACAGGAAGUAUCCAAUAGUUAUCCCAUCAGUUCUCUCCUCUGAUUCCCACCUCUCCUACCACUACAAGAACAACCUCAAGUUGACCUACCAACAGUUCGGCCAACGUCUAGAAACUCAUAUCACCCCUCUCAAGAGUGCCAGUGCGGCUGAGGAGAUUUCACAUCUUGGGAAGAUUUUGGGAAUACUAAAGGAAGCUUGGAGCGUGGCGGUGUAUGGCCGCGACCUGGCGUACGGCCUGUGUGAUGUUUUACGCCUGGAAGGUGUCCUAGAUCUGAUCAUAAAGAAUUGUGGGUCGUCAAACCAAGACCUUAUGAUGGCUUCGGCAGCAUUGCUAGAACAAUCUUUAUCAACAAAGAACAGAGAGCGUGUGGUGAAAACUGGACUGGAAACUGUGAUCGGUAUGACAUAUAGGGAAAUUGGUAAUACAGACAUGGCCUUUAUCAAUACGGGCAUUUUGGAAGGACUUUUUAAAGUGUCCGAAGAAGCUUCAACAAAAAUUGUGAGUCUCGGUGGAUUAGACGUGAUUCUUCAUUGGUGUCGAAGCUGCACCAUCGAUAUUCUCCGUCACUGUGCCAAAGCCAUCUCUAACCUCUCCUUGUUCGGAGGUAUGGAAAACCAAGAGGAGAUGGCGCGACGCAAUGUACCCGAGUGGUUAUUUCCCCUUGCCUUUAAUGAAGACAAUAAUGUGCGGUACUACGCAUGUCUGGCCAUUGUGGUGCUUGUCGCUAACAAGGAACUCGAAGCAGCUGUCAUCAAAUCUGGCACACUGGAGUUGGUUAUGCCCUUUAUAAGUAGUAACAAGCCAGCUGAUUUUGCUAAGAGUGAUUUUUCACAUCAGCAAGGCCGCGACAACAUGUGGCUUGAGCGACUCGUUCCCAUUCUGUCUAGUCAUCGCGAGGAACCCCAAGCCUUAGCAGCCUUUCAUUUCGCUAUGGAGGCCGGCAUCAAGGCAGAGCAAGGCCGACUUGGGGUGUUCUACGAUAUUGAUGCAAUAGAACCUCUGAAGAAAGUGGCCAGCAGUCCGAAUGCCAAGGCCUCACGACUAGCUGCUCAGGCGCUCAAAAUUAUCGGUGAAGUAGUACCACACAAGCUCACACAGCAGGUGCCGAUCUGGUCGCCCUCGGACGUGUCUCACUGGGUCACACAGAUUGGAUUCAAGGCGUACGCCAGCAAGUUCCAGAGUUGUCAGGUGGAUGGAGACCUGUUGUUAUUGUUGACGGAACAAGAAUUGGACGAGAGCAUCGGCAUCAAGUGUCGCCUGGCCCGCAAACGAUUCCUGCGUGAGUUACUGAACCUGAAGAUAACAGCAGAUUAUUCGUCACUAGACCGUACCCAGAUGGACUCGUGGCUGACUCGACUUCAGCCCGAACUUUCUCAGUAUACGUAUUACAUGUUAAAACAGGGUAUGACUCGUGACCUCCUCGGACUCACUACAGAUCAGGAGCUUCUCAACGUUUGUCACGUCACAAAUGGUAUCCACAGGCGUCUAAUUCUGGAACAUGCUGAAGAUCUUUACAACUGUCAGAUCCAACUGCCAAAGUAUGGUAGUAUUGGAAGUCUCAACCGCCAGAAAAGUGUGGAUGUUACAAGUCUCAUGGCAUACCCUAAGGCAGUCGAUGUCUUCAUCAGCUACAGACGCUCAAAUGGAUCACAACUGGCCAGUUUGCUCAAGGUACAUCUACAGUUGCGAGGAUUCACAGUGUUCAUCGACAUAGAACGACUUCGUGCGGGAAAAUUUGAUGAGAACUUGUUGAUGAAUAUCAAACUGGCUCGUCACUUUCUGUUGGUCUUGACUCCGGACGCGCUGGACCGCUGUAAAGGAGACGAUGAACAACAAGACUGGAUACAUAAGGAGAUAGUGACGGCUCUUGAGAGUGAUUGUAAUAUCAUACCUGUGCUCGACAACUUUGAGUGGCCCGUCCCUGAGGAGCUGCCCACGGACAUGCAGCAGGUCGUUUAUUUCAAUGGAGUUCGGUGGGUCCAUGACUACCAGGAUGCCUGCGUGGACAAGGUUGAAAAGUUCCUUUCAGGGGAGAUCACUCCUCUUCAGAAGUUUCCCGUUCCAGUCUCUCAGGGGAGUCUAAAGGCAACAUCACCAGAUAAACCAUUUCGCAGUUCUGGGGAGAAAUCAUUUCACAGUCCUGGGGAGAAAUCAUUUCACAGUCCAGGGGAGAAAUCAUUUCACAGUCCUGGGGAGAAAUCAUUUCACAGUCCUGGAGAGAAAUUAUUUCACACUCCAGGGGAGAAAUCAUUUCACAGUCCUGGGGAGAAGUCAUUUCAUAGCCCUGCUGAAAAAUCUUUCCAUAGUCCUGGAGAGAAGUCAUUGCCAGUUCUUAGAGAAGAAAAUCUGAAUCCUGAUGAAGCAGAAAAGUUAUUGAAAAUUACAAACAAUAACAACACUAGUGACAGCAUUCCAUCUCUACCCUGAACAGUCAAAUUUACAGCUAAUCACGUAAGAUUGAGGUCCAGUGAUGUCUCUACCCUGAACAGUCAAAUUUACAGUUAAUCUCGUAAGAUUGAGGUCCAGUGAUGUCUCUACCCUGAACAGUCAAAUUUACAGUUAAUCUCGUAAGAUUGAGGUCCAGUGAUGUCUCUACCAUGAACAGUCAAAUUUACAGUUAAUCACAUAAGAUUGAGGUCCAGUUAUGUCUCUACCAUGAACAGUCAAAUUUACAGUUAAUCACGUAAUAUUGAGGUCCAGUGAUGUCUCUACCCUGAACAGUCAAAUUUACAGUUAAUCACGUAAGAUUGAGGUCCAGUGAUGUCUCUACCCUGAACAGUCAAAUUUACAGUUAAUUACGUAAGAUUGAGGUCCAGUGAUCUCUCGAUGUUUAAUAUUUUGUUUUAUAAGAUAUAUAAAAUUUAAACCUGAAUAAAAAUAUAUUAAAAAGGCAUUCCUUCUUUUGAAUAAAGUUUAGGUUAUCAAAAUUAAACUUACUGGAAAAUAUGUAUUUUUCCAAGUAGUAAAAAUUAUGAUGUUUACAUUCAAUAACUAAAGGUACUUUUAUUCUCAAGAUAAACCAAAGUUCUUUGAGUAUCAAAUCCUGUAGAUGCCUAAUUUGACCUGAAGUAUCACUAAUUACCGCACAGACAUACAGUAUUUAUAUACGAUACUCCCUUUUCUUGUACAUUACGGCGUUAAUUUCAUUACAUGUAGGCACAGACACUCAUAUAAUCAUCAUUCGGAUAAAGAUUUCAUCAAUAGAAAUUGUGCAUGUUUCUGAUGUCCAAACGAAGGAAUGCCCCAUUAAUAAUUUAAUAUAAUCAUAAUAUAUACAUACAAAGAAAAAGUAAUGAUGUUUUAUGACAGCAUAAUAUUUACUGAUGCGUGACAAUAAUGAACAUGACAUUAUGUGGAGACUGCUGUAGUACAGCUGUAAACAAUCAUUGAAUAUAAAGAUGAUUUUGUAUUAAAGACUUUUAUUAGCUAUAUCUCUACAACUUAUAUAAAGCAGCAAAUUUAAUUGACAUGGGAUUAUAAUUAUGUUGAUAAAGAAUAUUGCAAGAUUGUUUUAAAACAAAUGAUAUGCAGAUUUCUUUUUACAUCGGAAACUAUAAAUUACUGUAAUUAGUGAUGAUAUUGUAUGGAUUCUGGUAUCACUUGCCCCUGUCUGUUUCCAUAGAAACCACAUGUGUAUUUGCUCCUACCAACUGUGUAACUCCAAUAUCUUUAUGUGUUCUUAGAAACUGUAUUCCUUAGUUUUUAUAUAUGUAUCCCUAGAAAAUGCAUUAUUCCUUGGAAAACCCAUGUUUCCCAAGAAACUGUAUGUUUCCCUAGAAACGCUAUGUUUCCCUAGAGACUGUAUGAUUCCCUAGAAACCCUAUGUUUCCCUGGAAACCCUAUGAUUCCCUAGAAACCCUAUGUUUCCCUGGAAACCCUAUGAUUCCCUAGAAACCCUAUGUUUCCCUAGAGAAUGUAUAACUCCCUAGAAACCCUAUGUUUCCCUAGAAACCCUAUGAUUCCCUAGAAACCCUAUGUUUCCCUAGAAACCCUAUGUUUCCCUAGAAACCCUAUGAUUCCCUAGAAACCCUAUGUUUCCCUAGAAACCCUAUGUUUCCCUGGAAACCCUAUGUUUCCCUAGAAACCCUAUGUUUCCCUAGAAACCCUAUGAUUCCCUAGAAACCCUAUGUUUCCCUAGAGAAUGUAUAAUUCCCUCUUUGUAUUCCUGUCACAGAUGUAUGGCCUAGCACGAUCGGUCUACCUGUAGAUUUAUAUAAUAAUUAGUUUUAUCUAUAUCUGCACUGUAAAUAGUUGAACACAAAAGUUGAACUGUAUAUCAUAAUUGUAUAGUUGAGCUCUUGCUAUAAUACUGACCCAAACCUUACCUGUAUGGACUAAUAUUACCAUACUGACCCAAACCUUACCUGUAUGGACUAAUAUUACAAUACUGACCCAAACCUUACCUGUAUGUCUAAUAUGUAUACUGACCCAAACCUUACCUGUAUGGACUAACACUGGCCCAAACCUUACCUGUAUGGACUAAUAUUACAAUUCUGACCCAAACCUUACCUGUAUGGACUAAUAUUACCAUACUGACCCAAACCUUACCUGUAUGGACUAAUAUUACCAUACUGACCCAAACCUUACCUGUAUGGACUAACACUGGCCCAAACCUUACCUGUAUGGACUAAUACUGACCCAAACCUUACCUGUAUGGACUAACACUGGCCAAAACCUUACCUGUAUGGACUAAUAUUACAAAACUGACCCAAACCUUACCUGCAUGGACUAAUAUUACAAUUCUGACCCAAACCUUACCUGUAUGGACUAUCAUUAUAUGAUUGGUACUAUAUAUGUAAUACUAUCACUUAUUUGUCAAAUUGAGAUCACAUGAUAUAAAUUAUUUCCUUGGAAAUACCUCCUGACAUCACCGAGGAGUCAAUAUAAUGUUUUGUCAGGUCCAUGGAAUCUUGUAUCGACUCCUGCUAAAAAUAGAAUUAUGUUAUCUGUGCUGAGAUGUAUUUUUAGCAGAGGUCAAUAUAACAUUCCAUGAACCUGGGCGAAACGUUAUAUUGACCUCCCGGUGAUGUGAUGUGGUAAUUUAAAGGAACUUUCUUAUGUAUUUUUGUUUUAAAUCAAUAUACAUCAUAUAAUAAAGUAAAUGCAGACUUUAGUUUCGGUCAAUCCAUCGUUUAACCGACAUGCCCUGAACUAUAUCCCCUCAGCUUCGGCCUCGGGGAAUAUUGUCCAGGUCAGGUCCAUAAAACCAUGGAUUGCCCUCAAACAAAGUCUGUAUUUGUGUAAUGUUGAAUGAUCCAGUACACUUCCUAAUUUUCAAAAUCUGAUAUUGCCUUUUGUUUGACAUAAGUAUCAGGUAGUAGUAUAUUAACCACAUUAAUUGCGACAGUAGACAUUUAGUUAAUAUAAACUCCAGUAUUUGUAGAUUGGAGGUUAAGUUGGGUUGCAGAAAAAUCAGAGUGAAAAAAUAUCAGAUAUUGUCACUCUGUUGGAGAAUAUUUUCUACAAAAAAAUCUGUUAUUCAAGUAAAUAUUAAUAAGUAGUGUUAAUUACUUCAGUAUAAAGUAGGGAGGUAGUAAACUGGCAUUGGAAUACAUGUAUUUUCUGUACUAGUCGAGUGAAAUGAAUUAUUUGUUUGUGGUUGAGUCCUUCUUGCCAAAAUUCUUAAAGUGUAAUAUAUGUGGAAAUAGACUGUUUAGUGCCAUUAAUUUAUUUCUACCGUUUGAUUUCUAUAGUUACUGGUUGGUCUUAAGAUACCGAAUGGUUGUACAUGUAGUUGUUGUUACAGUAGUAUUUCCCUAGUUCUUGUGGGGUUUCCAUAGUUACUGGAUGGUUUCUAUUGUUAUUGGAUGGUUUCUAUGGUUACUGGAUGGUUUCUAUUGUUACUGGAUGGUUUCUAUGAUUACUGGAUGGUUUCUAUGGUUACUGGAUGGUUUCCAUUGUUACUGGAUGGUUUCUAUGGUUACUGGAUGGUUUCUAUGGUUACUGGAUGGUUUCUAUAGUUACUGGAUGGUUUCUAUGGUUACUGGAUAGUUUCUAUGGUUACUGGAUGGUUUCUAUGGUUACAGGAUGGUUUAUAUAGUGACUGGAUGGUUUCCAUGGUUACUGGAUGGUUUCUAUGGUUACUGGACGGUUUCUAUGGUUCAAUAAUGAUAAAUGUGUGAUUUUAUGGUACUGGAUGGUUUAAGAGAUUGUUCCCAUCAGUUAUAUUUUUGGGAAGUGCCUUUUAUGAUAAGCCUUCUAGCAUUAAUAUAAGGUUUGUUCUUAAUGAUUGGUUGUCUUUUUAAAUUUGUAAAAAAUGUCUUAAAUGAACAAAAUUUAUCUGUAGUAUAUAUAGCAUUUAUGUAGGGUUAGGGUUAGAUAUGCAAUUUAAACAAUUUUAUGUUCCAGACCAUAUUGAUGUCAAGUUUUAACAUGUGUAGCAGGUUGUUUGAAAUAACACCUGAUAAUAUAUGUAACAGUGUUCAGGUGUGUGUUUUCAGUCCUGAUAAUGUCAUGGUGUUGAGGUGAGUUUUCAGUCCUGAUAAUGUCACAGUGUUCAGGUGUGUGUUUUCAGUCCUGACAAUGUCACAGUGUUAAGGUGUGUGUUUUCAGUCCUGAUAAUGUCAUGGUGUUCAGGUGAGUUUUCAGUACUGAUAAUGUCACAGUGUUCAGGUGUGUGUUUUCAGUCCUGACAAUGUCACAGUGUUCAGGUGUGUGUUUUCAGUCCUGAUAAUGUCAUGGUGUUGGGGUGAGUUUUCAGUACUGAUAAUGUCACAGUGUUGAGGUGAGUUUUCAGUACUGAUAAUGUCACAGUGUUCAGGUGUGAGUGUUCAGUCCUGAUAAUGUCACAGUGUUCAGUUGUAAGUUUUCAGUCCUGAUAAUGUCACAGUGUUGAGGUGUGAGUUUUCAGUCCUGAUAAUGUCACAGUGUUGAGGUGAGUUUUCAGUCCUGAUAAUGUCAUGGUGUUGAGGUGAGUUUUCAGUCCUGAUAAUGUCACAGUGUUCAGGUGUGUGUUUUCAGUCCUGACAAUGUCACAGUGUUAAGGUGUGUGUUUUCAGUCCUGAUAAUGUCAUGGUGUUCAGGUGAGUUUUCAGUACUGAUAAUGUUAAAGUGUUCAGGUGUGUGUUUUCAGUCCUGACAAUGUCACAGUGUUCAGGUGUGUGUUUUCAGUCCUGAUAAUGUCAUGGUGUUGGGGUGAGUUUUCAGUACUGAUAAUGUCACAGUGUUGAGGUGAGUUUUCAGUACUGAUAAUGUCACAGUGUUCAGGUGUGAGUGUUCAGUCCUGAUAAUGUCACAGUGUUCAGUUGUAAGUUUUCAGUCCUGAUAAUGUCACAGUGUUGAGGUGUGAGUUUUCAGUCCUGAUAAUGUCACAGUGUUGAGGUGAGUUUUCAGUCCUGAUACUGUCAUGGUGUUGAGGUGAGUUUUCAGUACUGAUAAUGUCACAGUGUUGAGGUGUGAGUUUUCAGUCCUGAUAAUGUCACAGUGUUGAGGUGAGUUUUCAGUCCUGAUAAUGUCAUGGUGUUGAGGUGAGUUUUCAGUACUGAUAAUGUCACAGUGUUGAGGUGUGAGUUUUCAGUCCUGAUAAUGUCACAGUGUUGAGGUGAGAUUUCAGUCCUGAUAAUGUAACAGAUGUUUCCAGUCUAAAUUUCCUGGAAUAACUAAUGACAAAUACUUUAUAUCUGUCCUGGCUUGUUAUUGAACUUCACCAGGAAAUCCUGGAGUCUGUGUGAAAGCUGACUAGGGUUGCUGGCGUUGGGACACAUAGUUAGAGUGUUUUGCUAUUUUUUUGUAAGAACAGCACAUCAGGGAUAAAUCACUUUAAAAUUACACAAUAUGGUGCUAGACUUGUCCCUGGUAUUACUACCUUCAUUGUUGUUCAUUGGUAUAUUAUACACUAUAUAGAAUUAUCUUUAGAUGUUUGUAUUAUACAACUUAUUUACAAAUUCCCAGUUUAUACAUGUAAAUCCAUACAACAUACAUAAGGAAUCAAAAAUACAAUACACUGAAAUCGAAGUUUCUGUAUUUUACAAUUUGUAGAUCACAAGACUUAUUCGAACAAAAAAUCAACAGGAUGAAAAAACAAAU